AAAGUUCCUACCUUGCGCGCUUACCAGAGUUGACUCACAGAACGAACCUUGGAACCAAAACUCAGCAACCACCACCACCACCACACAGACAUACUUACAGGACGUCCGCCCUCAAUUUGACUCCUAAACCCUCUACCUUUUAGAGAAGAUGCCUCCCCAACACCUAACCCUAAUCCGCCACGCUCAGGGCUUCCAUAACCUCUGUGAAGCCAACCACCAGCUCCGCGACCCGCGCCUCACCGAGCUCGGGGAGCAGCAAUGCCGCGAACUCUCUUCCAAAAUCCCAAACCUCGCCUCCUUCGACCUGAUCGUCGCCUCGCCGAUUAAACGCACCAUAUACACGGCCCUCUACACCUUCGCGACCCUCCUCAAGCAGCGCCCGGACCUGCGCAUCAUCGCGCUCCCGGACCUGCAGGAAACCAGCGCGCUGCCCUGCGACACGGGCUCCGACAUCCCGGACCUAAUCGAGGAGUUCAAGCACCACCCCGUCGACUUCUCGCUGCUCUCCGACGGCUGGAACGAGAAGACCACCGCGCCGUUCGCGCCGGUGCCGAGCUUGAUACUCGCGCGGGCGAAGCGGGCGCGUGAGUGGCUGCGCACACGCGAGGAGAAGGAGAUCGCGGUCGUGACGCACGGGGGCUUCCUGCACUUCUUCACGGGGGACUGGACGGACCACUCGAUAUUCACCGGGACGGGAUGGGCGAACUGCGAGUACCGCGUUUAUUCGCUCGAUAACUCGACGGCGGCGAAGACGGCGGAUGCGGCGUUGGUGGAGACGGGGGAGUCGAGGUUGAGAAGGAAGGGGCAUGAAAUUCCGCUUACGGAGGCGGAGCAGAGGAAUCUAGCGGAUGCGGCGACGAGUGCUUGGGUCGCGAACGGGUUUUUGAAGACGACAUUACCAACGAAUGGCACGACUGAUGGUGGGGAGUUGGAGAGGGUGGUCAGUCAAGAGGGAGCGAAGCAGGUGUCUGCUCAGGCGUAGGUGGAUAUCGUUGCGGUGGAGUUUUGCGUAGGUAUUCAGGUUUGGGGCGAGGCUGAUGUGAACUGACUCUUGGAAGACGCCGCCGUCGAUGCCGAUGGCGAUUCGGAGGGCUCUUUGCCAGGCUGAGAUUCUGGUAAGAAGGGACAGUGUCGCGGAGUAGAUUUAGGAGGGUAUGAGAUAGGAUGGGAUGGAGAGUAGGUGGUGGGUACAUAUCUGGCUAUCUUGCAUUAGACUUGAUUUAGGAGUGGUGGGUAGGAGUAGAGGUAGUCGUGGUAAUGGUAGGUGAUGGGAAGGUUAGUAGGUGUAGUAGUGGAGCAUUUUUAUAGAUCGAUGAAUAUUUCAAUCAACACAUC